GUGAUGACCAUUCGAGACCCCUUGGAGAUGGUCGUCUCCUCCUAUUGUUACCACCACCGUGGCGCUGAGCCCAGCAAUUCCAUAGCGCAAGGGAUGGUCGAAAUGGGGCCCAAGGAGGGCAUCCCCGAGAUGGCCCGACGGAUGUUGAGAACCGUCCGGGGCAUGGUGGCCAACUUUCAGGAGCGGAAGGAAUCUGAAAUGUAUGUGAGCCACUUCGAGCGAAUGACCGGGAGCUCCCCGGGUUUCAAUCAAACCGUCCAGGAGAUGUUGGACUUCCUCUUCGGCGACGAGGUCUCCGACGACUUCAAGCGCCGGGCACUGGACGCCGCGGUGCACGAGGAUUUGAACCGUGGAGAAUUGGGCUACUCCUUCGACGCCAAACAAGGGACGAAGGUCAACCACACGAGUGAUGAUUCAGAACUGGACGCAGCCCGGUCCUACUUGCCGCUGGUGGACCAGGAGGUGUUGGAAGAGUACAAGGAAAUCCAGAAAGCCCUCGGCUACGCCGUUGGAAGUCCAGCCCUGAAGUAG